AUGAAGGCCCUGCUCCUGAGCUUUGGCCUCGGCCUGCUGGCUGCCCUGCAGGCCCAGGCCAUCCCCACCAUCCCCACCAUGGAAGAGGAUCAGGAUGUGACAGGAAUUUGGUAUUUGAAAGCUACAGCCUCUGACAAGAAGAUUCCUCACAUGAAGCUUGGGUCUGUGUCUGUGAUGCCCAUGACCAUCAAGGCCCUGGAAGGGGGCAACCUGCAAGUCAAGUUCACUUUCCUGAUUGCGGGACAAUGCCGGGAGAUGAGCACUGUCCUUGAGAAGACGGAUCAGCCUGACAAAUACACGCUCUAUGAAGGCAAACAGGUGCUGCACAUCAUACCGUCUGAAGUGGAGGGCCACUACAUCUUCUACUAUGAGGGCAGCAUACACGGGCAUCGACUCCAAAUGGCAAAUCUCGUGGGUAGAGACCCUGACAUCAAUCAGGAGGCCCUGGAAGAUUUUCAGAAUGCUGUAAGAGCUAGAGGCCUCAACGCAGAGAACGUCUUCAUCCCCACGCAGAGAGAAACCUGCCCUCUAGGAAGCAAUUAG